AUGGGGAAAUACUUCCACCUGUAUGAGAACAUCUCCAAGGUGAGUCCCUACGAGGGGCCGCAGUACUACCUGGCCCCCAUGUGGGCCUUCUACACGCAGACCAUCUUCAUGGGCUUCGUGCUGUUUGCCGGUUUGCCGUUAAACCUCGUGGUCCUGCUGGCGGCCGCCAAGUACAAGAAGCUGCAGGCGCCUCUGAACUUCAUCCUCAUCAACAUCUCCUUCGCCGGCUUCAUCUUCGUCACCUUCUCCGUCAGCCAGGUGUUCGUCUCCACCAUGAGAGGGUACUACUUCCUGGGUCCCACGCUCUGCGCCAUGGAGUCCGCCAUGGGGUCCAUAGCAGGUCUGGUCACGGCCUGGUCUCUGGCGGUCCUGUCCUUUGAGCGGUACCUGGUCAUCUGUAAACCUUUUGGAGCCUUUAAGUUCAGCAGCAACCACGCUAUGGGUGCGGUCGCCUUCACCUGGUUCAUGGGGAUCGGCUGUGCCAUCCCGCCCUUCUUCGGCUGGAGCAGGUACAUCCCUGAGGGUCUGGGCUGCUCCUGUGGACCGGACUGGUACACCCACAACGAGGAGUUCCACUGCAGCAGCUACACCAACUUCCUGAUGGUGACGUGCUUCAUCCUUCCGCUCAGCAUCAUCAUCUUCUCCUACUCGCAGCUGCUGGGAGCUCUGCGCGCGGUGGCGGCCCAGCAGACGGAGUCGGCCUCCACGCAGAAGGCGGAGAAGGAGGUGUCUCGGAUGAUCAUCGUGAUGGUGGGCUCCUUCAUCACCUGCUACGGCCCGUACGCCAUCGCCGCGCUCUACUUCGCCUACUCCACCGACGAGAACAAAGACUACCGGCUCGUCACCAUCCCGGCCUUCUUCUCCAAAAGCUCCUGCGUGUACAACCCUCUGAUCUACGCCUUCAUGAACAAACAGUUUAACGCCUGCAUCAUGGAGAUGGUGUUCGGGAAGACGAUGGACGACGCAUCCGAACUUUCUUCAAAGACUGAAGCGUCUUCAGUGUCCACAGCUUCUUAA